CGUCGUGAAGUGAGGCUGACUGGAAGUGGUAACUGGUUAAAGUCUUCAGGAGAUAACUACAAACACGAGAGCUGCUCUAUAAAUAAAUAAAUUGUUUUUCAACUCCAAAAUAUCGAUGGAGUUGGAUGAAAAAGACACUAGACACUCGUUUCCCAGCUGCUCGAAUAAAGAAGAUUAUGCAAGCUGAUAAGGAUAUUGGGAAGAUGGCUUUGGAUGUGCCUCCACUUGUAUCUAAAGCAUUGGAACUGUUUCUGCAAGAUCUCUGUGACCAGACAUAUGGUAUUACUUUGAAGAGGGCAGCAAAGACCAUGAAUUCUUUGCAUUUAAAGCAGUGUGUAGAGACAUUCAAUGUUUUUGACUUUCUGAGAGAAAUAGUUAGCAAGGUUCCUGAUUUGGGUGGCUCUGAUACCGCUGGUGAUGAGCGUUCUGUUGCCAAAAGAAGGAAAGUUGAUGGCGAAGACACAGAUGAUGAUGAGGCCAAAAGAAGCAGAAUGCAGAGUGUUAUUCAGAUGGAUUCAAAACUAUUGAAGGCUGCGAGAGAGGGAGAUGUAGUGGCAUUGGAUUCAUUACUUGAGGAAGAUCCGCUGAUCCUUGAAAAAGUUGCCUUAUCACCAACUGCAGAGACUCCAUUGCAUAUUGCUUCACUAGCUGGAAAAACUGUGUUUGUGAAGAAGAUACUAAGCCUGAAGCCUUCCUUUGCAUGGGAGCUGAACCCAUCUGGGUUUAGUCCUUUACACAUAGCUUCUGCAAAUGGGUAUAUUGAGGUUGUGAAAGAGCUCUUGAAACUUGGCCCUCAACUUUGUCUAAUCAAAGACAAAGCUGGUCGAAAUCCUCUUCACUUUGCAGCCAUGAAAGGUAGAGUUCAUGUGAUUGCAGAGUUGGUUUCUUGCUGUCCAAAUUGUGUAAAAGAAGUUACAACAAAGGGAGAGACUCCUCUUCAUUUGGCUGUAAAGAAUAAACAGUUUGAAGCAGUUAAGAUGUUGUUGGAAAAGGUGAAGGAGGAUGAUGAAAAUGAUAACGGUGAAUUGAUAAACGCCAAGGAUAAUGAAGGUAAUACCAUCUUCCAGCUGGCUAUGGCUACUGAACAACUUCAGGUAAUAGAACUGCUGAGAAAUGAAAGCAAGGUUGAGCAAGACAUGGAUAUAAAAGAAGUUGGUUCAGCUUCAGGACACCAAUUUGAUGAUGGAGCUGAGGCCAAGACUCAAGAAACUCAAACUGCAAGUUCUGAUUCAAAGCAAAACAUUUGGGAAGAGGUUCAGGAAAUGGUAUUAGUUGUAGCCAGUUUGAUAGCAACAGUAACUUACCAAGCAGGGCUCUCGCCUCCCUCCACCAUCUGGAAACAAGAUAUGAAAUUGGAUUCUAAAUGCAUCUUUCAUCACCAUUACCAUCCAUUAUCAUAUUCAUGCCCAGAUCUCAGUUACUUUCUUUUCAUGUCUUUUAACACAGCUGGCUUCUUCGCCUCUAUCUUCCUCAUUUUCUUCUUCAGAAGCCCUUCUUCUGUUCAAGUCCUGUUGCCAAUAGCCCUUAUCUCCAUGAUGAUAACUUACGUUACUCUGUCUGUGAAAAUGUCUCCAAGUGGUCUCACUUUGCUCAUUAUAUACCUCGCCACAAUUGCCAUUUUUGUCUACUGCGUUUUGGCUGUUGAAUUUGUCAAGAAAAUACUUCACAGCAUGUUUGGUUUUGCAGCAGAAAAAGUCCGUGGCAUGGCGAAAGCACUUGUAAAGAAAAGGAAACCAGCUUCAGCUUCUGCAGAUGCCUUAAAAUUGGAUGCUUGAUUCUGAGUUUUCUAUCUGCUUAUCAAUUAAUGUAAAUGAUACAAAUAAUUCUAGUGCGUGUGUGUGUAUCUGCAUAAGUAUAUUCCAUGUUGUGAGUGAAUAAGUUCAGUUGUAAGCCGAAAGCCCUUUAUAUACAUCAUUAAAAGAAGAUAACUUGGAAAAGAAAUUGUCUACUACUUGAUUGCACAAGGGAAGGAAGGCUUGAUUAUCAAGUUCCAUCCUUUUAAUGCCAGAAAUGA